AUGUCCCUUAUUUUUCUAUGCUUUUCAUUGUCUACACUUUAUUCAUCUUUUGAUAUAUUCUCCUCCCUCUCUCCUCCAUUCAUCCUUUUUCGCGCUUUGUUUUUCUCUCUUUAUUCAUUACCCUCUUUCUUUCAUUCUUUCUUUCUUUCUUUUCUAACCAAUAAUCCUUCUUUAAUUGCUUUUUCCUUUUAUUUUCUUCUUUUCAUUUUUCUUCCAUUACUUUUCGUUUUUCUUAAUCUCCUUUUGAACCAUAAUUCUUCUUCUAUUACCACAUUUUUCUUUCUUUCUUUUCUAACCAAUAAUCCUUUUUAUUUGCUUUUUUCUUUUUUUUCUUUUCCAUUUUUUUUUUUUCAUUUUUCCCCUUCUUCCAUCUUUUCUUUUCCAUUUUUCUCCUUUUUCCAUCUUCUUUUCGUUUUCAUUUUUUUUCAUUUUUCCCCUUCUUCCAUUUUUUCUUUUCCAUUUUUCUCCUUUUUCCAUCUUCUUUUCGUUUUCAUUUUUUUAUCUUACGUUCCCUUUCGUUUUUUUUACUCUCCCUCACAUACAACAUUCGGCUCGUGUUCACACAACAUUCUUUCUUUAUUUCUUUCUGUUCUAACCUUUUUUACUUGCUUUUUUUCUUUUAUUUUCCAUUUUUCUUCAUCUUUUAUUUUCUUACUUUUUUUUCCAUUUAUCUUUCUUUCGUUCCUUUUCGUCUUUUUUAAUUCCCCCUUCCAUACAACAUUCAAACAACUUUCAUUUUUACUUCUUUCUAUUUUAAACAGUAAUCUUUUUUACUUGUUUUUUUUCUUUUAUUUUAUUUUCCAUUUUUCUUCAACGUUUAUUUCCUUUCUUCUAUCUUUUCUUUUCUAUUUUGCUUCCUUUCGUUUCUUUUCGUAUUUUGUUCUCCCUUCCAUACAACAUUCCACUCCGAUUCACACAACUUUCUUUUUUUUAUUUCUUUCUAUUCCUACCAAUAAUCCUUUUUUACUUGAUUUCUUUUCUAUUUUUCUUCCAGUUUUUUUUUCUUUUUUUCUUCUUUUAUUUUAUUUUCCAUUUGUUCCUUAUCCUUUCUUUCUUUCAACAAGUUACCUUUCGUUAUUUCACCUCUUUUUCUCCCCAAUUUUCUCCCCACGUCUCCCCCCCCGACUUUUCUUCCACAAACAUAACAUCUUCCCACCCAUACGGAAUUCGGCGCUUAUCUCCUCGCAAUUUCUGUUCUUCGAUUUCUCCACAUUUCCACCGGCUGCCAUCAUCGCUCAAAGACGUCGGCGUAUGUCAUGUAACGUUUCCGUGUUUGGAGCAAGAUGGAUUUAA